GUUAGCCGAAACCAGUUCCCCCAUGUGUCUGUCUUCUUUAGCGUGUCUCCCCCACUUAGGUCACAAGAUUCAUUCUCGAGCUAUCCGGGUCCACAGCAGAAACUCCAAGGGAGCGUUAGAGCCUUCCAAGUCCAAGAGGCUGAAGGGAUCUCGAGGGUGUCCAAAAGGCGGUCACAUGGAGGUCUAUGGUAUGAAACAGGCUGCGUUUCUGCCUCUUCUCGCUACUCCAAAUAUGGCUUGGUGGGACGUCAAUGCCCCGCUAAAAUACGGCACACCAGAGUCCGUUGGACUGGUAUCAGCUCCCCUUGAUGAGUUAGUAGUCAAUCAGACAAGCUACGAGACCGCAGAGAACUACGGCUACUAUACGCACGAUCAAGUCCACCCACUGUACCCCGCCGUCACAUGCCUCGUCGGGCAUCGAAAUACCAUUGUAUCUCAUUUCGCAUCGGGUAAAGCGGUCUUAUACGCCGAUGUCAAUGGCACGUAUUUACCUGAAGAUCAGCAAGUCGACGCGAAAAACGAUACGAUCUAUGACUUGGCGUCCUUGACUAAAUUGUUCACUACGAUUGUCGCUUUGGACCAGAUUGGUCAGGGUCACUUUUCGCUCGAGGACAAGGUGUCAACGUACAUACCAGAGUACCGUACUGAUAACAAGUCGGAAAUUACCGUUCUCCAACUCCUGACUCACACUGCUGGAUUCCCUCCUGAUCCUGUACCUCCUCUAUUUCCAAACUUUACAACGUACGAAGCUCGGAGACAGCACGUUCUCGACAUGUACACUGUCAAUCCCCCUGGCGAGGCGUUCGUCUACAGCGACAUCAGCUUAAUGACCAUUGGCUUUCUGUGCGAGAUCACCAGUGGCCAGUCUCUGAACGAGUUGAUGAAGACCCGCGUGAUCGAGCCACUUAGAAUGAAGGAUACGUUCUUCAACGAGGGCAACAAACCAGAAUCAGAGUGUCCAGUCUACUCUCGCGUAGUCGCAGAGGAGUUUCAGAUCGCAGCGCUAGGAUCGACAUAUGAACCGCCUCGGCCGCAACCUGUUCGAGGAACAGUCCAUGAUGAGAAUGCCUGGGCUUUGAACGGAGUCUCAGGUCACGCAGGGAUAUUCUCGACGGCUUAUGAUCUUGCCAUCUUUUGUCAGAUGAUCUUGAAUAAUGGAACAUACCAUGGCGUCAAGAUAUUGGAGCCUUGGACUGUCGAUUACAUCUUUACGAAUUAUAAUACCAAAUUCCCUAAUAACGCGCAUGGUGCUGGGUUCGAGCUGAACCAGACCUACUGGUCUGGUCCGAUGGCAUCGCUUGAGACAGCGGGACACACAGGUUUCACGGGCACCACGCUCUUCAUCGAUCGACCAAGUGGAACCUUUGCUAUCCAAUUGACUAACCGAGUCCAUCCUAGUCGAUUCUGGUCGAAUACGAAUCUGGCCAGGGAAGCCGUUGGUUAUUAUGUGGCCCAGGCUCUAGGCAGGAACGUCAAAAAACCAUAAGCGUCGUCAGAGGAAAGAGGAUGUGGCGGACAAAAGGGUCCAGUCAGUAUAAUCAAGGUCUCAAAGUAUGACAUGGAGGUCAGUCACGCAUGCA